GUCUGACAUAGCAUCGACUGAACUUUACAAUUGAAACACAGAUAUACCAGACGCAAGGACGCAGCGCGCUGGUUCAUUUCAUGAGCUGAUUUCAUUUUGCAGAUGAAAACGAGGCGAGGCGAAGCAGAUGCUCGGUAGACUGGGAGUCUGCAGCGUUUUCAAGAGAAGCCUGGUAUGUCAGGCCCCAACUGGCUGCCUCCAGGAGCCCUCGGUAGCACAGAUAGAGCAACAACACCAAUGUCACACUCUGGCCCCGCUCUCUACAGACCUCCCAAGAAAGGUCUGCCCGACCAGAGACCCAAAUAUAACAUGUAUGACCAGAAUGGUGGAACGGGAGGAAAUGGUAUGCCUAUAAGAUAUAUGGCUACUGGACCUUCAGGUGGACCCAUGAAUCACCAGCAUCAAGAUGAUCGCUCAGGGUCUACUACCUACAACCCCUUGACUCCCCAGUUAAGAGACCGAUACUAUGCUCCAGGCCAGGGGCCCAAAGAAGACCACCACACAUGGAACCCCCGCAUGGCCAGCCAUGAAGUUCACAAUCGGGGAUCAGAGAAGCACAUCUCUGCUAUUGAUGCAGAGAUAGACUCUCUUACAUGCAUGCUGGCUGACCUGGACAGUCACCCUCAGAGCACAAGCACACAGUUGUAUGACAAUGUGCCUUACAGCAAGCACCUCCCAAUCGAUCGCUAUAACCCUCCCAACCAGAUGGGGGCUCUACCAUCAAGCAGGCCCUCAAUGGGCUAUCAGCCUCCACUCCAAAACCAGUACCACCCCGCCCCACCUUACACCGCUACACCUCAGCCAGACUAUGUUUACUCCUCCGCUGCCUCUUCCGUCCACAAACCUUACCCCCAACCAGUGCCUGCCUCCUACACUACCGCCUCCACCCCAACCGGCCCACGCUUCUCCGUACAGGUGAAAACAGCUCAGCCCGUCACCUAUUCUCAGAGCGGACGGCAGGCAGAGCAAGCUUACACCCCCCCACCACCCCGCCAGCAUGCCUCUUGCCCCCCUCAGCAAGAACGACCACAUUAUGAGCCACAGGGACAAGGCUGGUACCCACCGCCACCUCCUCCUGUACAAGAACCUCAUGGAGAUCCUGCUGCUUAUAAGGGGGGAUCAGGUAAUAUGCCAGGAGGGAGAGCCGGCCAGGGACAACCAGUGAAGAAGAGUCAAGAUCAAGUGUCAGCAUAUCAAUCUAACAAGGUAAGACUUAUUAUUUGGUAUGCACUAGACAGGAAGAGCUACUGCGAGAGCUGCUACAUUAGCACACUUGAGUGCUGUUCGAAAUGCUCUGAGCCCAUCCUAGACCGGAUCCUGAGGGCGAUGGGAAAGGCUUACCACCCUCGCUGUUUCACAUGUGUGGUUUGUGGCUGUUGUCUGGAUGGAGUGCCUUUUACUGUGGACGCCACAUCUCAGAUCCACUGUAUUGAGGACUUUCACAGGAAGUUUGCCCCCCGCUGCUCAUUAUGUGGCCAGCCCAUAAUGCCUGAGCCUGGGCAGGAAGAGACGGUGAGGAUCGUUGCACUGGAUCGCAGUUUCCAUGUUAACUGCUACGUCUGUGAGGAUUGUGGUCUACUCCUCUCUUCAGAGGGCGAGGGAAGAGGCUGCUAUCCCCUUAAAAGAACCAAAGACUUAGAUUGUGGUCUACUCCUCUCUUCAGAGGGCGAGGGAAGAGGCUGCUAUCCCCUAGACGGACACAUUCUCUGCAAGAGCUGCAGUGCCCGUCGCAUCCAAGAUCUUUCUGCCAAAAUCUCCACUGACUGCUAA